AAAACAUUCUGCGUAUUACGAACUGUCAGUAUGUCAUAAUAUGAAAAAUAUAUUAUUUUGCAAUGACUGUUGUGCCGUUUGACAGAUGGAAAGUUUUCUUCUUGAAUUUUAUUUAUUUAUUUUUGUUACAAGUACAUCUAAAUUAAUUUCAAGGUAUUUAAUUAUUACAUAAUCAAGGAUAUAACAUUUGUAAGCCGUUUAUUUUGUAGAGUAAGAUGCCGUCUCUCCGGAUAGACCAAAGCGACUUGAAGUGCAAAAAUGGCUGUGAUUAUUUCGGGAAUCCUCAGUGGCAAGGCUACUGUUCUAAAUGUCACCGAGAACUACUUCAGCGACAGAGGAGAGCAGAGAAAGCAUCAUCAGCGACUCUGCCAAAGCCGGAACAGAAGAAGCCUGAGCGCGGUAUAAAGCUCGCCUCGCACUCGUCCUUUUCAAAAUUCGAAGAAAAACGUCUAAGGCAAAGCGAAACUCUUAAAAAGGCUAAUUUGUUAAAAUUUAGCGUAUUCAAAAAGAGUAGCACCGACGAACAUGACCACACACCGGAGCGCAAGCCGCCGGAAUUCAAAAUACCCGCAUUGAUUAAUGAGGGUAUGAAACGUGAGUUUCGGGUCCGAUUCACGAACCUGCCCCCCCAAGUCGACCGCGACGCGAGGGUCUUCGUGCAUAGCUUCAUCAUGGACGUCAUCAAGUGUUCCAAUGUGAUGACCGUGGACGAACUGUCGGAGAGGGUGCAGAGACAUUACCAGCACUUCAUGAAGUACAUGGAUACGUCGCCGCAUUUUGCGAACGCAGAGUCGGAGAUAAAGGAACUGCUGAUCGAUUUCGUGGAGAAGCACGCCAUGACUUACCUACACGACCUGCCAGGCGUGGUGUUCUCUCCGAUCGGUACAGAGGACGAGCGCCUGGACCGCGCCAUGUCGGAGCGCAUCCAGCAGCUUAGCUGGGUGGGCGAGAAGCACCUGGAAUGUAAGUUGGACCGUACCGACAGCGCCUGCAGCCAACUGUUGUACAAGGCUAUCAGUGAGCUGCUGGCGGUGGACGGAGCGGCGGGCCCGGGCGGGAAGCUGUCGCGGGUGCGGCGCGCCUGCAGGCACGUGCUGGCGCUGUGCGGCGCCUCCGCCUCGGCCGACGACCUGCUGCCCGCGCUCAUCUUCACCGUACUGAAAGCGAAUCCACCGCGUCUCGUCAGCAACAUCAACUUUGUGACUCGCUUCUGCAACGCGCAGCGGCUGAUGACCGGCGAGGGAGGGUACUACUUCACGAACCUGUGUUGCGCGGUUUCAUUCAUAGAAAAUUUAACAGCUGAAUCUCUUAAUAUGGAUAAAAAAGAAUUCGAUUGCUACAUGGCGAUGCCCGCUUCGAUCGGCGGCAGCACGUGGGCGGCGGCGCUGUCGCUGUGCGGCGCCGCGCGCGAGGCGGCCGAGCAGCGCGCCGCCGCGCGCGCGCUGCUCGCCGACGUGGCGACGCUGCGCGCCGAGGCCGACCUGCUGGCCGCCAACGCCGACAGCUUCGAGAAAGAAAUAGCGUUUAAAGUUAACGACGUGUUAGCCAACACACCUCUGGAGAUUAAACCGCGUCGGGAACCGCUGCGACUCAGUUCACUCCGGAAUUCGAGUAUCCCCUUGAUCGACCUCGAAACACCGGUGGACACUCCCGCGCCGAUGAAACCGUCCGAAGACAUUCCACAGAUAAAGCUUCCAGAAAUAAUGCCCGUCGAAGAACCCGUCACAGUCACCUUCGACAGGACGACCGAUGAAAAGAUCACACAGAAUAUUAUCGACUUUCAAUCACUGGAGAAACCAUCACCGCCAAAAUCGCCGCAAAACCAGCCGUGGGAACUGAAGCAGACUGGUUCUUUCGAACUCCUCACACCAUCACCGCUUGGAUUCACUCCUUUCGACUCAAGAUCUAUAGAUGAAUUGAUGACUCCAGAUGAUUUCGGGUCCGACCACUUAGCACCGGGAUUAAGUAACAUAAAUUAUGAUAUCGAUUUGUCCGAUUUCAGCGGUGAUAACAGCUUGGCAGAGGACACACCCAAAGAACCGAAAGACCCAUUCAGUCCAGACGGGAUUAAGAAAGAACCAGUAUUUGACCCGUUCCAGCCACAGACAAGCCAAAGUUCAUAUAAGAAUGUUUUGGAGAAGUUCGACGAAUUUAGUUUGAUUGAUUCGAAAUCAAAUGAAACAUCAGAGGCAUUUGAAGUUGUGCACAGAACGCAGGAUUCUUGUACGCCAGCAGCGGCUGAAGAGCCCGGGGACCCGUUCAGUCCUGUGCAAAAAGAAGCGUCUAUUUUAGAUGACUCUGGUUCCCCUACUUCCGCCUGCCUCCUUCCAUCACCUCUGCAGCCGCAAACAAGGUGAAUAGUUUUGUAUUUUUUUGUCAUUUUAUGUAAAUUAAUUGUAAUUUUGUUUCCAUAUAACUUACUCUUGUUGUAAAUGUUAUUUAUUUAUAGGUUAAAUUAUCGAGUAAGAAUAUCAUCAAUGUAUUGCCACUAGAAAGUGAUACAAUCAUUAUAUAUACAUCUAAUACAAUUAUUAAGUCUAUUUUUUUCUUCAAUUUUGUUUUUCGUGCAAAAUAAAUGUUUAUAGUACCUUAUUUUCAUUAUGAAUGCAGAGGCCAAUAAUAUUUCUCAUUAAUAUUGUCUGUGCGGAAAUGUUAUGCAGAAAUUUAUACUUUACUGGAGUUUUCUUGUUUCCUUUUAUUUUAUUCGAAGUUUCGACUGAUUCACAUCAGUGCUGUCCGUCAAAUUCAGUCUAACUAGAUUAUGUGAUAGCUUUACCCCCAGGAAAUAAUGGAUUAUGGGGAAUAUAAACAAAGAUUUUCUGUGUAACACCUCCCCGCUCAAUUUCCUGUAUGUAAGAGUGAUAUCGUGAAAAGGAACGGAAGUGUCUAAGAGGAAGUCGGGGACGCGCGCGCUAUUUGAUUUAACCAAUGAGUGCGCAUUGUGUUGGACUUUGGUUGGUCGACAUAAUGUCAAUGUUGCUUAUGAAGGUGAUAUGUCAGACUACUGUAAGGCUCGUGUUUUAAUUAACUAUUUUGGUGCCAAUUCUGUUAUACAGUUUUUAAUUAAUUGUCAGGAUUAAAGAUACAAUAUCUAUGCUAAUUUGUGGAGUUGAAAACACACUAAGCAUCUUACUAUAUCAAUUACAUUAAUUUUAUAGAUUUUAUCCAACAGAAUUGACUCCAUUAACAUGAGUUACAUUCUUAUCAUGUUUCUAAAGAUAUAAACAUUGCUUGUUGUCUAAUAAACAAUCAAUGCAUCUGUUUUUUGUUGUCAUUGAAUUUGAAAUUAAAACAACAGUUUGUACAUUACAAAAAUUUUUAUUCAACCAGAAUCUUUUAUAAGGCUUUAUCUAAUGUAAAAAAAAGUUUAAAUCAUAAAGAAGUAUUCUAAUGAAAUCGAAUGCCACUAUGUUCAAAGUGACAUAACUUUACUUGAGAGUAAAUAUAUCUACAAUUAAGUAACAUGAAUUUUGCAUAAAUAAUAAAACAAUAUUAAAAUAAAAACUUAUAAUAUGUUUAACCAAGAGUCGGCUAAACAAGAACAUGGUUAUUCUUAAGAAAAGUAUGUAAAUGUGCACUUUGUUACGAGCAUGCAUUACAAAAAGAAAUCAUUUUCGAAACUUGGUAAUGUCAGAGAGAAUUCAAGAGUACACAUUAUAAUUUUGAAUUACUAUUUGGUUUAUUACUCACAAGUCAUUCAAUUUAUAUUUUCAAUAAAGAAAUUAAUAUUA